AGGCCUCUGGGAGUGGUAGUCUCAUUUGGGAUGAUUGACCUCGAGCGGCCUUUAAAAACCGGUGUUCAAUUCGGAACCGUGUGGAUGGAGGAAUCUGGGUUGUAGAGUGUCAGCGCGCUUCGAGGAGAUUCGAAAUGGGGAAGCGGUAUUUCUGUGACUACUGUGACCGCACUUUCCAGGACAAUCUUCACAACAGGAAAAAACACUUGAAUGGGGUGCAGCAUUUAAGAGCCAAGAAAGUCUGGUACGAUCUCUUUCGAGAUGCUGCGACCAUCUUACAGGAGGAACAGACUAAGAAACCCUGUCGGAAAUUUCUACAAACAGGCCACUGUGAUUUUGGCUCCAAUUGCAGGUUUUCUCAUAUGACGGGGGCAGAUCUCGAGAAGCUGAACAUGCAGGUGCAAGAGGAGAGGAGAAUGAAAGAGCAGCAGCUGGAUGGGACGGUGCUCCCUGUGGGCUCCAUUGAGGACUGGCUGGAGAAGCAUGCCAAGCGGCUGGGCGCAGCACAGAGGGACAGUCCUCUUUCCGAAGAAGAAUUGGUUUUCCAGUAUCCACCUGGCUGGCCCCCAGUUCAGGAACUCCCACCCUCCCUGAGAGCACCCCCUCCCGGUGGCUGGACAAUUCCCCCAGGUCUCCACUGGGGCUGAGAGUGGAUGGAGCUGAAAUGCUGGACAGUUUAAUGCUGAGGACUCUCUGUUGCCUCUGGAGAAGAUAGAGAAUCUAGUUCAAUACAUGUUUUCAGAAAUUCCUGUGUUGCCAGCUAAUUUAGAAUUUGCAGGAUGGAUACCGAAGCAGGAGGACAUUAAAGGAGGUACCAGGACUGAAACAAACAGUAUCAUAUUUAUUUAAAUUGUCCCCAUUAAUUAUUUAUAUCUCCAGGGGCCCUUCCUCAGUCUGCCAUGGUGAGCCUAGUGGCAAAGACGCUCUCCGGAAUUCAGUUCACAAAGGGGUUGCUUUUGUUGGGCAAGUUUUAUCCCCCUGCAACCUCUCUCUCACCGUCUACCCCGGAGUUGUUUAGUUUAAGCAUCAGCAAAGGAAGGUUACAUAUUAAUGAGGAUUAAGUGUCUAACAGGCACUGGGCACCUGCUAGGACAGAUUUGUUAUUCAUUGUAGGUACGUUCUUACUUAACAACCAUUCCUUGAACAACAGUCUGGAGUUAUGAUGGCCUUGGGAAAAGAGCUUUACGAACCCCGCCAUCAUAUGAUCGUGAUUUGUGACCUUUUUUACAACGGUUGUUAAGUGAAUCACUGCAGUCGUUAAGCGAAUCACAUUGUUAAGU